CGCGAGACUUUGAGGAUGUAAUGUUUAAUGGAGGAAACACGUGUGGUGCAACUGAAAAGUUAUUUAUUGCGCAUCUUCGAAGUGACACCUUGUUGCAAAGGCCAGAUUUGAAAGAGCGAGACCUUUGGUUUCUUACAGGAAGAUUAUUUUGGCAAAUACUGGCAUAGUUCAUAACUUCAAGAAUGCCAAACAUUAGAGGAAUUCUCACAUUUGCUCUACCUGCAGUAACUGUUGUGUUUGGCUUCAUUUGGUAUUUUGGAAGAAAAAAGAGUCCCAAACCUAAACUUUUAGAGAACAAAGAGACAAAUUCGAGUAUUCCAACAUCAGAGAGUUCUGUAUCUGAACAAAACAACACUGAGUCCUCAAAGAAUUCAAAUAAUGGUAAUGGUGAUGGUAGUUUGUUGCAAAAAGCAAAGGUCAAUGUUGAAAUUGAAAAAAGCAACCAUGAUGCAUCUGCUUCACCAGCAAGUAAUAGGAAGAGGAAAGCCUUCCAGAUCACCAGAACAGAUGACCUGGAGGUUUCUGAUGGACCAGACUCAGUGGAUGAGGAGAUGAAUCAGGAAGACCAAAUCAUACCGAAAUCGUCACAGUCUGUCUCCAGUGGUGCACCAACGCCAUGCAGUCAAGCUGACAUCUCAGGAGGGAAGUCUCAGGGUAAAAUUCAGAAGAAGGAGCCAUGUCUGAAUGGAUCGCCGGAACCAGCUGAAUCGGAACUUAGUACAGUAAAUGAGAGUAUAGUCAUUGAGAGUGCAUCCCAGUCCAUGUUGUUUGGAGAGAAAACAUCUUUGAUGAAUGAUGCUUUCAUGACAUCGGGUAUUAGUGAGCAGAGUAUACUUGGUGAGAAGGAUAAACAGUGUAAAGUGCAAGACAUUUCUCUCUCUACCUCUCUGAGUGAGCCUCUUCUAGAGUCCACCAUGUUAGAUACGACCCAGUCUCAGCCUCCUCCCGCAGAGGUGGUGGAGGAGGUAGUCAGGAAGGAGUCCAGUGUCUUAGAAACAGUGCCAUCAGUCAACACACCAACAGAAGCACAGUCCCCCUUACAAUCUCGAUCUCAACCUUCAUCUGUCUCCGAGAAUAUGGCCCAGCAAUCAAAAGACAAUAUAAGUUCUAUGAACGGUUCAAGGGAGGAAAAGAAUUCAAUGCAGGAUAAGAAGAAGGAGAAAAAUUCUCAUACUGCUGAUAAAACGGAGACUGAUAAACACAAAACAGUGAUCGACAACAGGAAGUCGUCAAGUCCAAAACAUACGGAAAGGAAAACUGCCUCAUCUACUAAGGUUGAAAAUCAUCAGAAUGAGCACCAUCAAAAGAGCAAGCACGAUGUCCAUCAGAAGUCUUUGCCCCAUAAGGACAGGCAUGUAAACAGGAAAACGCACUCCUCCGGAGGGAGUGACCAUGCCAUGGACAAUGGGGUGCAUGGAUCAGAUUCCAAUUCAUCUGGAUGUGACAAUGCGAGUGAGGCAUCCAAUGACAGUGGACGGGGGCCCAGUAUGACGGAGCUCUCUACUCCAAACACAUCCCCCAAUCACCAGGUGUACCACUGUAACUUCCCUACUGCUAUCUGUGGUCGUCUGAUUGGAAGGCAAGGGAAAAACAUCAACUUCAUCAAGGAGAAGUCUGGGGCAAACAUUACCCUUAGUGCAAACCCCUUUACCCCAGAGUUUCAACUCUGUAGCAUUGAAGGCUCACAGAGACAGAUAGAGGCAGCACUCCGGCAGAUAGGACGGAAGUUUCCCGAUGUUGACUUGAGCCCGGUCAACAUUCCGUCGGGGGACAACCCCCAGUCAGCUGUGUUGGUGCCUGAUAUCAUGCAGGUAAUGCCAGGCAUCUCACAGAUUCCCAGUAUUGUGGUUUUAGGAAUGCUGAGCCUCCCAGAGGGUGUGUCUAUAGACGUGGUGGUCUCUAGCAUUGUGGACGCCGGCCACAUCUUCAUCCAGCAGCCCACCCACCCGUCUUUCCCGUCGCUGGAGCGCCUCAACCAGUUUAUGAUUGCCUGUUACAUGCAGGAUGGCCUCGUCCCUCAGCUGCCACGCCCUCUAGAAGUUGGUGUGAUUUGUGCUGCCCCUAUGUUGAAUGGCUGGUACAGAGCUCAGAUUUCUGCCGUGUGUGAGGAGACAGAUGAGUGUGAUAUCAAAUAUGUGGAUUACGGCGGAUUCUCCCGAGUUCAAGGGAGUUUACUGCGGCAAAUCAGGAGUGAUUUCAUGACACUGCCUUUCCAAGCUUGCGAAUGUUAUAUGGCCAAUAUAACACCUUUACAAGAUGAAGAGUACUUCAGUUCUGAGGCUGCCAAUGUGUUGGAGGAGCUGACCCAGGGACAGAUGUUACAGGCCCAGGUGGUGGGGCGCAGUGAGGAAGGCAUUCCGUAUGUUCACAUCUACCAGAUCAAUGGAGAAAAGGUCACACUUGUCAACCGAGAAAUGGUGAACCGCGGAGUGACGAGGUGGAUAGAGGUGUUGUCCUGAAGCCGUGUGUUCCGUUCCGUUCCAUUGUGUCCAGCAGACGUCUCGUGCACCGCAGCUUCCUGUGUAAUGUAACCAGAACUUCCCCCGUCAGACGGACAUCAAACAGAGGAGAUCGUAGCCACACCAUGUGUUGACCUUCCCCUUCCAUUGAGGGCAGGGAGUACAAUCUGAUUGAAUUUAUGACAUUUUGGUAAAAUGCAGGAUUUUGGCCACGGAAUUGAGAGAUCAGCAUUGUUUCAGAAUUCUUUAUUGCAGUGUGCUUUGUAUGAUUGAUAAUGAUAGCAUUGACAUGAAACAUUGGAUUACUUUGUGCUUCUUGUUUCCAUGUGUCUCACCACUUCGAUGUCAAUUCCAAUGAUUUCUUUGGUGGUAGGUUAACACCAGAUUUGUACUACAAUGUAUUACCUGUAUGGAAUGAAAAAGCAAUAUAAGAUUGGACAUAGGAUAUCAAGUAACUGUCUUAAAUUAAGUUCUGAAUGAACGUGUAUAUUAGCUUUAGAAAAGAAAAUAUACUAUAUUUUUGUGACCAAGUAAAUCACUUGUUAGAGCUUAAAUAGAUUUAUAUUGUAUAUAUGCACAGCAGAACAGAAUUCAGGAACCGUCACUGUGCUUUGCUUUCUCAGAACUUGAAAUAGAAAUUCAAAUUGAAUUUCUGUAAUCAUUUAUUACUUUCCAUUUUGUUCUGGAUAGUUAGUUUGCUCAGUCUUAGGAAACCAUUUCUAUACUCUGUCCCGAGUUUUUGCUUUCACCACUUUUUGCUUGAUAUUUCAAUAAUAGUAAAUACCUUUGUGCUCAAACUACGUUCAUCCACUAAUAUGAAAAAUGUCCAGAUUAUCUGUUUAAAACGCCCCCUCUACCGCUUCAGGUUUCAAUACACAUCCGAAAAUUGAAAGUCUACGGAGAUUUUGCAUUGGAUCAGCCAUUAAUAAGCCCGCAUGAUAACGUUAAAAAAUUGCGCAAUGUAUUCCAAGUGUAUUCCGAAUGGAGAAAAGAUGUAAACAUUUCCCAUUACAAAUCUCCGUAAGAAAAUUGUU